AUGGCACUUAAACGACUUGCUUCGCUCAACCGCCGAUUCCAGCACGACAAACACUUCGAAACAGAAUAUCGAACGGUAUUACAGGAGUACCUGGCAUUGGGACACAUGACGAAGGUCAACACCAACCACUCCGACGCUAACGGAUACUACUUACCUCAUCACGCCGUAAUCAAGGCAUCGAGUCAAACCACUAAACUCCGUGUAGUCUUCGAUGGAUCGGCACCAAGCACCACCGGACUUUCACUAAAUGACGCACUUCACACAGGACCCAAGUUACAGGAAGAUUUAUUUUGCAUACUAAUUAGAUUCCGUUCUCAUCAAUAUGUACUCACUGAUGACAUCGAAAAAAUGUAUCGGCAAUUCCUUGUACGACCAGAGGACCGAAAAUAUCAAAAGAUAUUAUGGCGCAGCGCGAGCGGAGAAACCGAAACAUAUCAACUUAACACAGUAACGUUCGGUUUAUCCGCAGCCCCGUAUCUAGCUAUUCGGUGUCUCAAGCAACUGGCAGAAGACGAGGAUCAUCGAUUUCCACAUGCAGCGCAGGUACUGCAGCGGGAUUUCUACGUCGACGAUGCUCUCACCGGAGCUGAUACAAAGGACGAAGCCUGUGCACUUAGAACGGAACUCGCAAAAUUACAAUCGUCAGAUCAAAGUCUACGUGGCCAUCUUUGUAUGCCUAGCAGUUAA